AUGCACAUAUUCUUUUUUACGUCUGUUAAUAAAUGCAGUAGAAAUAAAGCAUGGCAUAUUUCGAUCAGGCUAUCAGUAUUAGGCGAAUGGACGUCUGAUAGCUCAAUACAGAAGUGCGAAAUAUGUGAGGUCGAAUUUAAUUUCGGGUGCAGGCGUCAUCAUUGUCGGUACUUUGGCGGUAUUUUCUGUGCGUCAUGCUCGAGCUUUUUUGUUAAAUUACAAAAGCUUCAUGUAAAUAAACGACGACGGGUGUGCCGCAAAUGUUUUGAAUUUCUCUCAAAGGCACCGCAAGCUACAAAUCCGUCCUGUGCUAGUGUUCAGAGCCACCAUAAAGAGUUGAACAGUGUGAAUGCUUGUAAUUGCGAGUCCGAUUGUUUGACUACUGAAUCCGCCCAGGCAACAACUGUUGUCUCUUGGACGCCACGAAGAGGAGAAGAUCGAAAUACCGCAGGUACAUUUCCCGACGAGGAGAAUGCUGACGAUACUGAUUUGGAUGAUGACGACGACGAUGUUUCUGCAGCUGUUGCAGGUGUAUACUCCUCUAUGGAUGAUGGCCAACACACCGGUAGCCUCGCCUUUCUUGCUGCACCGCAAGACAACCCUCGGUAUUCAGAGGGCUCUGACGUAAUUCAUGUUCUUAUUUACGUAUCAGCCACGAGGUGCCAGGUGAUUUUAGUUACGGUGAGUGAUGGGGAAACCGUGUUGAUGCUCGCUAAGCGUUUGGUGGAUGUGCACUUCAGGUUGGACAGUGGAUCUCUCAAGUUGAUUAGAACGGCUGCGAGAGAGAUUUUGCUGCAAAAACUGAGGUUUUCAAGUGAAUCCAUUGUUAUAGAGAAUGAGGCUAAUGCGAGUGAUGUGGCAUCUCAUUGUAAACACUUGGUUUUUUUGACUCUGUCUGUUUCCGAGCCGCAACAUGCGCACGAUGAUGACCCUAUUGAGGGUUUUUUUCGUAGCGGACUCUGCAGUGAAAAUAAGGACGAUAUGAUAUGUUAUUUGUUGCCUUUUUAUUUUUACCUUCACGUGCUUGUGUUUUUGUAA